AUGUUAUAUACAGAAAGCAAUUCCCAUGCCGAUGCCAAUCUGGUCCCCGACGAUCGACUCACAGCUGCAAGGCAUCCUGCAACGGCCAGCCCUACGGUGGACGCCCCAGGCAGAAAGGACCGCCGGCCCACUCGGAAAAGACCGAAAACAGCGCGCCAAUCGGGGAAGACGAAUGGGGAGCUGAAGGACAGUAACGAGCUUAGCUUCGGGAUUGAAGGGCCAUGCGCCUGGGUCAUCUACUGCAGCCCAGUGACUCAAACCAGUGGCCGAGGCAUUCCAAGAGAGAAAGACAAUCAAAAGGGUACUGCAUUUGGUAACUGA